GCAUUAGGGUUCUUCAGCUCCAGCGAUGGACUAGCGGGUGCUGCUGCGAUUCUCGCCGCUCCCGCCGCUGGGAUGGCUGCGGCCUCUCAAGCUCAUGUAGAAUCGGAGGCUACCAAGUUUUUGCAGAAGGUUGGGCAGGAUCUCAAGGAUGAGCCACCGCGGCUGGCAUCUAAACUCUUCGCGAUCUGCCAGCAUAUGAAAAUGACUGGGAGGGAGCAAACUCUUCCAUUCCAAGUGAUAUCGAGAGCUCUCGAGAAGGUUUUGACAACGUAUAAUCUGGACCACAGCGUUUUGGGAUCAUCUUCUCGAGGUCCAUCAGCACCUGGUUCCAGCGGGUCUCAUGAAGCUGGGUUGAAGGAUGAUCAGCCGCGGCAGCUGGAAGAGAUGUCUCAUCCAUUUCUCGGACAUGACGCUGGGCGACGCUUCUCUUCGGAUCAAACUGUCGGAGCAGGAGCGUUUCCAGAUGCUGGGACACCAAACUCGCAGCAAAAGCGAAAGCUGCCCGCUGAUGAAGCAGCGGGAAUUUCUUUCGCGGCCAAAGGGCACGCUUUCAAAACACCACGGCUGGAUGACGCGAACGUCGUCAGCCCAGAGCACCACCUCUUACGAUUGAAACAGUUGCAAGCACAGCAGCAGCAGCAACAGCAGCAACAGCAGCAAGGCUUGGGAAGCUUGGACAUGUCAAAGGCAAUGUCCGCAGUGCGAAGAGCAAACUCUGGUGCUUCGCCGGAGUCUGGAAAGGCCGACUUGCAGUCUACAGGCUUUUCGGGAGGCGUUCCUACAGAAGGUGGCGAUGGCAUGUCAAGUCCACAGGGAAAUCGAGCAGGAGCAUUCAACUCGUAUUCGCCCAUACGUCCUUCGCAAGGAUCUUUCGGGCCUCUCGAUCCUCAGCAACAUAUUCACGAAGCUUUUGGCCUGCCUAGGCCCGGUGAGACCUUUCGACUGGGUAAAGCUGGAAGCUUGACACCACCACCGGAGCAAGUACACAUGCAGAAUACCGGAACCUUGCAAAGUCUGGAAACGCAGCUGCCUCCGAAAUCGUUUGUAAGUCCUGGAAAGGCUUACGUCUCUGGGCCAAAUGGAGGUCCAUUGGCUGUUGGGCCUUCGCCUUUCAGUGACUUUCAGCUGAAACAACUCAAGGCUCAGUGCCUCGUGUUUCUGUCAUUCAGGAACAAAACCGUACCAAAGAAGUCGCAGCUUGUGCUAGCACUGCAAUCUCAACAGGAAAUGCUGAAUGCUGAAGCAGCUAAUGCAGGGCCAUCAACAAUCCAACCGCAAAAGCCUGCAGAUCCUCCUGUUGAGUCCUCUGAGGCUGCUGAGCAGGACUCUAGUGCUGAAGCAGAAAGAGACUCGGAAUCCGGAAGCCUUCCAAGCGCCAAAACUCCGGCUGUUGCCGUCCCUCCUCAAAAUGCAAACAAGGAAGCCGAGUCCGUGAAGAAGCCCAAGGUGAAAAAGAAAUAUCCACCUAUAGAUCCUAAUUUGACACCGGAGGAGAGGAAGGUGCUAAUCAACACGCGGAGGAAAGAAGCCAGGGCGGAGGCCAUGGCCGCCCGAAAGGCGUCAAGAGCCGCGGCUAGCGCUCAGGCGGCAGUAGCGGAGGAGAGUCCCGAUACGUCCGCUCAGGAAGUGGACACUCCUGAAGCUAAGCGAUCAAAGGUUGACACGCAGGUGGAUCAGGUGCCUCGGGAGAAAGAACCGGUUGUCUACGAGAGUCUCAAAAAAGACAUACCAAGGCAGUUUCAGAGUCCAAGUCCAAGUCGGCUAAAAGCUGUGACCAGUACUCCUGAAAAUACUACUGCAGCUGCAACUGUCAUGGAGCAUGAAGAAACGAGGAUGGCAGCCUCGUCUAUCCAACCUUCAACAAUCGCCAAAGAGACGUCAAACUACGUUACUUUACCGAAUGGAGAUCUCAUUCCCAAGAACUACCUGAUAACUUUGCCAAACGGCGAGCGCGUGGAACUUCAAAGGCUAUUGGAGUCGGCGAAAUCCUUUCAGACGUCCCAAACAAACUCGGGCCAAGCCGCAGUUUUAAGUUCGCUCACCAGAGAGAAAGCGCAAGAUCCAGCUUUUGAUGGUGGAACAUCUUCUCCAGCUUUCAAGCUUCAGGACCCGGGACUGCAGCAGGCAAGUCAAGGACAGUUGCAGAGACAUAUAUCAGCUCAAUUGCAAGGACACAUAUCAUCACAGUUGCAAGGACACACCUCGUCACAGUUGCAAGGACAUAUAGUAGCGCAAGCGCAAGGACAUAUAGUAGCGCAAGCGCAAGGACAUAUAGUAGCGCAAGCGCAAGGACACAUGCAGACGCAAGUGCAAGCACAGGUCCAAGCGCAGUUGCAACCUCCGGUUCAACCGCAGUUGCAAGUUCCAAUUCAAACGCAGGUGCAAGCUCCGACUCAAGCACCGUUCUCAGGGCCUGUUCAAACGCAAGUCCAACCUCAGAUUCAACCACAGGCGCAAGCGCCGAUUCAGGCACAGAUGCAAGCACCGGGGCAAGGACAGAUGCAGCUCUUAAACAAUGGCGUGACAGAAGUUACAACUUCCCGACCAGCAACGGCUGAGCAGGCUGAAGACUUGUUACCGGGAGAGACUCCUGUUUAUUCUAGCAAGCCACAGUACAGCACCAUCGAUAAGUGGUCAAUAGACGAACGGAGAAAGAAGUUUAUGGCGGAUCAAGUGUGGGUACAGAAGCAGAGGAAGACUGAAGAGAACAUCGGAACACGUUUUAAUGAGCUUAAGGCAAUUGUAAGCUCGUCUGAUGACUCGUCAUCCAAAACAAAAAGUGUUAUUGAGCUCAAGAAGCUUCAACUUCUUCAACUUCAGCGGAAAUUGCGAAGGGAAGUUUUACACGAUUUUUUCAAAGCUAUUGCCCCAGAAAUGGCUCAAUUGCGAGGUAUGAAGAAGAAUCGUCCCUUGAGGCGUCUCAAACAGUUGGAACGCUUGGAGCAAAAGCAAAGAGAGGAGAGAUCUCGACGAAUUAAAGAUAGGCAAAGAGAGUUUUUCAAGGACAUUGAACUUCAACGAGACAAGCUGGAGGACUGGAACAAGGCAAAGAGAGAGCGCUGGAAAAGCUUUAACCGCUAUGUGCGGGAUACUCAUAAGAGGAAGGAUAAAGUCCAUCGGGAGAAGCUUGAUAAAAUACAGCGUGAGAAGAUUAACCUUUUGAAGAACAAUGACGUGGAAGGCUAUCUUCGAAUGAUAAAGGAUGCAAAAUCUGAUCGAGUUGAACAACUGUUACGAGAAACCGAGUCUUAUCUAGAAAAGCUUGGAACAAAACUCCAGGAGCAAAAGAAAGAGAUCGGCAGAUCGGACAGCGACCUUUUCAAUCAGUUCUCUGUCAUGACUAAGAAAGAACAGUCGUACGACCAAGCUGAGCACUAUCUGGAAAGCAACGAAAAGUAUUACUUACUCGCUCAUAGCGUGAAAGAAAGCAUUCCGUCCCAGCCUGCGAGCCUCCAUGGUGGCACACUUCGAGAAUAUCAAAUGAAUGGGUUGCGAUGGCUGGUAUCACUGUAUAACAAUCAUUUGAACGGUAUGCUUGCGGACGAGAUGGGUUUAGGAAAAACAGUUCAGGUGAUUGCUUUGAUAUGCUAUUUGAUCGAGGCCAAACACGAUCGAGGUCCUUUCCUAGUCGUUGUACCUUCAUCGGUGUUACCAAAUUGGAUGUCAGAAAUUACCCGAUGGGCUCCCAAUGUUAUAAAACUUGCAUAUACUGGUACUCCUGAUGAGCGACGUCGGCUGUUCAAGGAACAUAUUGUCCAGCAACAAUUCAAUAUUCUUGUGACAACAUAUGAGUAUUUGAUGAAUAAGAACGAUAGACCAAAAUUGAGUAAGAUACGUUGGCAUUACAUUAUAAUUGACGAAGGUCAUCGGAUAAAAAAUGCAUCUUGCAAACUGAAUGCUGAACUGAAGCAUUAUCAGAGCAACAAUAGGCUUUUGCUGACUGGCACACCUAUUCAGAACAAUCUCGACGAGUUAUGGGCGCUGCUUAAUUUUCUACUUCCCAGCAUCUUUAACUCUUCGGAAGACUUCGCGCAGUGGUUCAAUAAGCCAUUUGAAAGUGUUGCAGACAACGGAGACACUGAGGCGCUGCUGACGGAGGAAGAAAACCUGCUUAUUAUCAACCGCUUACAUCAAGUGCUGCGUCCAUUUGUAUUGCGAAGAUUGAAACAUAAGGUUGAGUAUGAACUUCCCGAAAAGAUUGAACGCUUGGUUCGCUGCGAGGCUUCUGCUUAUCAGAGGCUCCUGAUGAAACGUGUAAAAGAAAAAAUGGGAGGAAUUGGUCAUGCAAAGGUUCGAUCAGUGCAAAACACGGUAAUGGAACUUCGAAACAUAUGUAAUCAUCCUUACCUUAGCCAUGUCCAUACGGAAGAGGCCGAAAGCUUGUUACCUUCUCAUUAUCUUCCUACUGUUAUUCGUCUUUGCGGGAAGCUGGAGAUGCUUGACAGAAUUCUUCCGAAACUAAAAAAAUCGAACCACAGGGUGCUUCUUUUUUCUACCAUGACGAGACUGCUUAACGUUCUCGAAGAUUACCUUACAUGGAAGGGUUAUAAGUACUUACGGCUUGAUGGUCAUACUAUGGGAAGUGAACGUGGAUCACUUAUCGACAGAUUUAAUGCACCUGACUCUGAUGCGUUCUUGUUCCUUUUGAGUAUCCGAGCAGGCGGCAUAGGUGUGAACUUGCAGGCUGCUGACACUGUUAUUAUUUUUGAUACUGACUGGAAUCCACAAGUGGACCUUCAAGCUCAAGCAAGGGCUCACCGAAUCGGCCAAAAGCGUGAUGUUCUAGUUCUGCGCCUUGAAACGGUGAACACAAUUGAAGAGCAAGUAAGGGCGUCUGCAGAACACAAGCUUGGUGUCGCCAAUCAAAGCAUUACUGCAGGAUUCUUUGAUAACAAUACCAGUGCUGAAGACAGGAGAGAAUACCUGGAAUCUCUUCUAAGGGAGUCCAAAAAGGAAGAAGUCGCUGCGGUUCCGGACGACGAUGCUCUGAAUUAUCUUUUGGCACGCAGCGACGAUGAAAUCGACGUUUUUGAAUCUGUCGAUCGAGAAAGACGUGCCGAAGAAGAAAUCAUAUGGCGAACAAUGAACAAUUGCGAAGAUGGCGAUGAGCAUCCAGAAAUGCCUCCACGUUUGCUCGGAGAAUCAGAGUUGAAGCCUGUUAUGUCGAUUAUUCACAAGGCUGAUGCAAAAAGAAAAAAAACAGCUAGCUCGUUGGAUACUCAGCACUAUGGCAGAGGAAAGCGGACUCGCGAGAUACGUUCGUAUGGAGAUCAAUUAAGUGAGCAGGAGUUCGAACAGUUGUGCAGAGCGGAGUCGCCAGAACACGAGAAAAAACCAGAAGUUGUUGUAGGCACCAGGCCUCGCAGAAAAGGCAAAGCCAGUGUCAGCGCAGAUGAUGAGAAAGAUGUGACAUACGUUGAAGAAGUAGAGGUAGUAGAGGAACCACCAGUUAAAAGAGGUCGUGGUAGACCAAGAAAAAAUCCGGAAGCAGUUCAGCCACCACGAGGCAAGGCGCAUGCAGCAGCUGAGAAAGAAGAGCCUAUAAACCUGGACACUCUUAAGUUGAGAACGGACACUUCACAAGCACCAGAGACAACCUUUAAGCGUUUAAAGAAAGCUGUACAAGGAGAAGCCAAGAAAACUGAAACAGAAACCAAAUCAGAACUAAAGAAAAGGAAAGUUUCACCCGUGGUCGAAGAGAAAGAAGAUGAUGAAGAAACUACGACAGAUGCUAAAGCACGGUCUGAAACUGGUAGCAAAACGUUCGCCAUUUUACGAGCAGCUGAUGAUGUCAAAGUAGCGCGGACUGGGAUAGAAAUUAUCACUCCGGCAGUGAAGGUUGCUGGAACUGAAGAUCUCACCAAGAGGCAGAAAAGUAAACUUGAUGACAAGUCUGCGAAUACAUCAAGCCCCGACAGUGAACCUGAAGAACCAGAUUCUUCAAAGUCUGACAAAGAAACGGACAACAUCGCACGCGAUGAAAUUCGUACUACAGCUGGUGAGAUCGUCGAAAGUAUUGAUGCUGCGCCAACUUUGCAGAACAACGAUAGCGAGAUCAGUAGGUUUCUGGAAUGUGACACAGAAACGCAGAAGCCUCAGGGUGGUGAAGUUGCUGGUUGCGAGCAAGGCGCCACAAAAAAUGACAGUGCUGAGAUUCUCAGAGAGAAUUUACCAUCGGAAUCUAUGGAUGAGCAACCGAAAGACUCUGUCCCUGAAAUCCAAAACGUCACUGGCAAAGAAAACGAAAUAGUAUGUGCGACUGACGUUGCGGAUCAUGCAAACGAAGACCCUGGAAACGGUGAUGGAAGUGCUGGAAGCGAUUCUGGGGAUAAUUCUGCUCUUGACGUUUCAAAGGCUAUGGAAGACAAAUCUUCUAGUGUCGCAAGCCAUUCCGGAGAGUCUGGGCAUGGUCCUGAUGCUGACGACAAACUUCCUGACGCCUCGGAGGGUGUUUCAGAUAGUAAGCAUUUUGCUGCUAGUGCGGACGCUGGGCAGGUCGAUAGUGAAACGGAUAGGAAUAUCCAGGAUGGGAUUGAUAUGGGCAGGACCAUUUCCCAAGAAAAGUCUCGAAGUCCAGGAGUUGCCGUUGACAAGAAAGGUGAACCACCUUCACUUAGCGAUAAACUUCCGUCCGAAAACGUCGAAUCAGAAGACCGUGAAGCUGAGCACAUGCAUGGAGAUCUGGCUACUGGAUUAACUCUUGAAGGGAGUGAUGAACCUGUGGGCAUUUUAAGCUCAAUCAAUGAACCACCUUCACCCAGCGAUAAACUUGAGAGCGCACUAUUUCCUGCUGCCGCAGAAUGCAAGGAACCCGAAUCGGACGAGCUUGAACCAGAGCACAAUCUCCAAAUGCAUGAAGAGUUGGAUAGGGGAUUGACUCUUGAAGAGGGUGGUGAACCUCCGGGUGUUGUUACUGAACCAGCUUUCCCCAGCGAUAAACUUGACAGCAAGAAAACUGAUUCAGACGAGCGUGAAGCAGAGAACUAUGAGGACCAGCUGCAAACGCAUGCAGAUGUCGAUAAUGGAUUGGCUAUUGAAGCGAGUGAUGAUGUCGGUGUUUUAAGCGUAAAAAUGGAAACUCCAGCUACCCAAGACGAUAGCUCUGAGACUUUUCCUGCACACGAGAAGGAAAUUGAUCCCCAAAAGGAAAAUGAAGGGAAUUAUUUCCCGCGGCUUGAUACUCCUGAAAUAUGUCUCGAACGUAAUGAUACGGGCAGCGCUAAACUUCAGACUUUGCAUUCGACUUCGACAUUUAUUACGGCAGAAUCGACAGAGGUUGGAAAGGUCGCCUUAUCAAGGGAAGGUAUUAUCAAGAUGCUACCCGAUAACUCUUUACCAAUUGAAAUUCAAUCCCCAACACGUUUUACGGACACUGAAAUAUCCGAGAACCAUGGGAAUGAAAGGGCUACUGAUGUACUUCAAGCUGACAAAGACAUGGAAAAUGAGAAUGUCCCUGAACCGGCAAGUUAUGAAAUUGGCUCUAGGCUGGAUGAUGGCAGUAGACGUUGUCUUUUUCUGCGUGAGGUCAAGGCUGAGGAAACUUCUACACCCGAAGGAUCUGACAAAAAUGGUGACGACAGGAUUCCUGAGAAUGAACAGGCAGGCAAAAGUUUACAUGCAUCGCCUCUUGCGAUUGAUGGAUCAGGGGACGUCGAAAUGGCCGAUGCUCGUGGUGAAGAUGUAGCAGAUGCUAAUGUGGAGGAAGGAAAUGCCGAACGUGUCAUUAUGGAGGACGCAGAAAUCAAUCUUCUCGAUUCUCCCUCAAGCUUUAAACCUGAAGUUGCAGCUGGAGCUGAUCUUGACGAAGUUGAAGGCCCAAAGGCAGGACAAGAUGACGGAAAAUCGAGUGAUGACGUCGAAGGCUUGACGGCAGAAAGAGCUGACGGAGUAACUGAAGGCUCACAACAGGAAAGAGCUGGUGGAGUGAAAUCAAGAACUGAUUCAGAUGAGGUUGAAGGCUCGAAGACGGAAAGAGUUGACGGCGUGGAAUGGGACAUCGGCACUGGUGUCAAACACACUGGUGAGGACGCGGAAACGAUCUUUGGGAUUAUCGAAGCUCCAGAGAACGAUUUUUCUUGUAGGAUUUCGGUAGACAAGGCUGGCCCAGAUAGUCCUGAAGAGUGUUCUCCCAAAGAGACGCUUACGGCUAAGGCAGUUGCGGAACCGAAUGAAAAGCCAAAUAAUACUUCUUCGGCCAGUAAAUCUCACAUUGGCCACGAGGAUGAAGCAUUUUUGUACGCUAUCAAUGAUAGUGAAAUUGGCACUCGGGAGGACAAGUCACCAGAAGUACCCGUCGAACCUGACGAAAACACGACUGUUGAUAGUAAAGAUCGUUUGGAAGACAAUCCGGAUGUGGUCUUAGAGGAUGCGACUACUCUGACGCCUCAUGAAACCCCGGCUAGUGAGCACAUGAAAUCACCUCCAUGCGACGCCGAAUGUGAGGGGCUUAGUUUGACGGAGCCUGAGAAUGAAGUUGGUAAAGCCAUCGAGAAAACCAACGAAAUGGACGAAGAUGAUUUGGUUGACAGUGGUAUGUUGACCGUCGGAACUGCUGAAGUAACUAUUCAAGCCACGGAAUCGAGCACCGUCGAAGGAACAAGUGAACAAGUGACUGAAAUUGUCACUGUCGUUAAGACUGCAGAAGAUACUGCCGUCGAAAUGGAAGUUCAAACCUUGGAGCAUGCAACCGUUGAUAUUCAAACGACAGAGGUUUCACCUGAAGCCUCAGAAGCUCAAAACAAUCAAACGGACGUCAUUCUUGAAGUGGUGACAGCGCCUCGCUUAACAGAAGUGGCUUCUGGUUCUUCUGAAAGGUUUCUUUCUCCUCCUCCUGAAGUAUCAGAUAUUCCAGCACCGCAUGCAGAAGGCACAGAAGAGACUACAGAAGUCAUUGCCGUCAAAAAGGAAGUUGAAACCAUGGAGCAUACUACCGUUGAUAUUCAAACAACAGAGGUUUCACCUGAAGCCUCGGAAGCUGAAAACAAUCAAACGGAGGUCAUUCAUGAAGUGGUGACAGCGUCUCACGUAAUAGAAGUGGCUUCUGGUUCUGAAAGGUUUCUUUCUCAUCCUGAAGUAUCAGAUACUCCAGCACCACAUGCAGAAGGCGCAGAAGAGACUACAGAAGUUACUGCCUCCGAAAUGGAAGUUGAAACCAUGGAGCAUGCUACCGUUGAUAUUCAAACAACAGAGGUUUUACCAGAACCUGAAAACAAUCAAAUAGAGGUCAUUCGUGAAGUGGUUCACAUAACAGAAGUGGCUUCUGGUUUUUCUGAAAGGUUUCUUUCUCAUCCUGAAGUAUCAGAUACUCCAGCACCACAUGCAGAAGGCACAGAAGAGACUACAAAAGUUACUGCCUUCGAAAUGGAAGUUGAAACCAUGGAGCAUGCUACCGUUGAUAUUCAAACAACAGUGGUUUUACCAGAAGCUGAACACAAUCAAACGGAGGUCAUUCGUGAAGUGGUUCACAUAACAGAAGUGGCUUCUGGUUUUUCUGAAAGGUUUCUUUCUCCUCCUGAAGUAUCAGAUACUCCAGCACCACAUGCAGAAGGUACAGAAGAGACUACAGAAGUUUCUGUCUCCGAAAUGGAAGUUGAAACCAUGGAGCAUGCUACCGUUGAUAUUCAAACAACAGAGGUUUUACCAGAAGCUGAAAACAAUCAAACGGAGGUCAUUCGUGAAGUGGUGACAGCGCCUCACAUAACAGAAGUGGCUUCUGGUUCUUCUGAAAGGUUUCUUUCACUUCCUGAAGUAUUAGAUACUCCAGCACCACAUGCAGAAGGCACAAAACAGACUACAGAAGUUACUGCUGUCGAAAAGGAAGCUGAAACCAUGGAGCAUGCUACCGUUGAUAUUCAAACAGAAGUUUCACCUGAAGCCUCAGAAGCUGAAAACAAUCAAACGGAAGUAGUGACAGCAUCUCACGUAACAGAAGUGGCUUCUAGUUCUUCUGAAAGGUAUCUUUCUCCCCCUGAAGUAUCAGAUACUAAAAUUGUCCAUAUCACUCCCACUGAAACCUCGGAGAGGGAGGCUGGUCCUCAGGAUGAGAUCGCUGAAAGCAAUGCAGGGUGCUUUGAAACUAGUCAUCAUGAGUCUCCAACACGCACCGAAAGUCUGGAACAAGGUGUCGAUACCGAGGAUAGUUCGAAGGGUGGGGAUUCAAAGAGUGAUGUUGGGGGAAAGGAAGGUGGCCAUGGUGAAGCCACAGAGAUUGUUUUCCAGGAAGUGAAAUCUCCCAGGACGGACACAGCUUCACUGGAAGGAUCAAGUCCUACAGCCUGCAAACGUACGGAAAGUCUGGAACAAGGUGUUGAUGCCGAGGACAGUGGUGAGGGGAAUAGUAGUGGGAUCUCUUAGGACGGACACAACUUCACUGGAAGGAUCAAGUCCCACAGCCUGCAAGCUUGCCGAAAGUCUAGAACAAGGUGACCAUAAGGAGGACCGAGGGGAUAAGGAAGCUGGGGUUGUUUACCUGAAUCCUUGGACGUCGUGGAGGCUGUUCCACCACAAAAUAUAGGUGGAAUGGACGAAGCUGGCAGUCCAGUAGGCGGUGGAAUUGGGAGCACAGGGGAGAGAAACAUAGAAGAAAGCUCAAGGGACCAAGUUGAGAAGACUGAAACAGUACCAAAGGAGCAAUGAGAUUACUAUGUAUAUAGUUCUGUUCUAACAUUCCAUAAAGAUUUCUCUUCAGUAUUAUUA